UUCUUUUGCUCCGUCCUAGUCUUAGGUUUUGGUCUCCUCCUCCGCCGAGAAGAAAUCGUUGAGCCACCGUUUCAGAUGUCUGACGUGGAAGAGUUUCGUUGCUUCAUUGGCGGCCUUUCAUGGUCAACAUCUGAUAGAAAGUUAAAGGAUACUUUUGAUAAGUUUGGCAAGCUUCUUGAGGCAAAGGUGGUUGUUGACAAAUUCUCUGGGCGCUCUCGCGGUUUUGGGUUUGUCACAUUUGAUGACAAGAAAGCAAUGGAUGAGGCUAUUGAGGCUAUGAAUGGAAUGGAUUUGGAUGGUCGAACUAUUACUGUUGAUAAAGCUCAGCCUCAACAAGGAUCAUCUAGAGAUGAUGGUGAUCGCCCUCGAGAACGUGGUCGUGAUCGCGAUCGCGAUCGUAAUCGAGAUUAUGGAGGUGGUCGAGGAUCUAAUGGUGGGGAAUGCUUUAAGUGUGGUAAACCUGGUCAUUUUGCAAGAGAAUGUCCUAGUGAAGGAGCAAGAGGGGGAAGGUAUGGUGGCAGAGAAAGUAGAUACAGUGGUGGAAAUGGUGGUGGUCACUAUGGUCCUGAUAGGAAUGCAGAUCGUUCUUCUGGUGGGCGGAACAGGGAUGGUGGUAGUCAUGGAGAUUCUGGAAAUGAUCGAUAUUAUCGUGAUCGUGAUCGUGCUGGGCCUUAUGAGCGGCGGGGAUCUGGAGGAUUUCGUUGAUAUAAUUUAUCUUUGUUGAGCUUUCAAAUUGGAGGGUUGCUGAUACUUCCCCAACUUUUUUUUCAUGACCAUGUUCUGGGAUUGUUGUUUGGAUGGAUGAAUGAUACCAGUGUUUUGAUAUGCAAUACUCAGCAUAUAUAUCAAACUCUUUUAUGUUCCUAAAUGCUGAUCUUUAGAUUUAUUAAAAUCUUAUGCAUGCUUGACUUACAGUCAAAAUAUGAUGUCGUGCUCUAUGCUAUUGAUAAUUGCUGCUGGUUAUCCUGUGAUUUGUGGCUAUUGUGCUUGAGGGGUUACAUAUGAUAUAUUUGCUGCUCGAUUACCAGUUUCAAUGUAUGGGAAAUUUUGUGGUGUUGGUCUAUUGGAUGGGUUUUUGAACGACCAAGGAGAAGAUUCAUCUCUGGAGUUUGCUUUUUUUCAUUGGGAGAGAGGAGUCUUAAAAGUAGAAGCCUACUUGGCUAUACUGUUUCAGGAUCUUUUGAUUAUAAAGUAGUCAAGCGGGAUGCUUGGCUAAAUGGGGUGUUUUUGGAUUGAUCAUUGGGUUCCUUUGUUGCUAAUAGGCCAUGCAUGGUUUUUUAAACUUUAAAAAACUUUUCAGCUCCAACAAGUCAAUCUGCUAUUGCACUCAAUAUGCUUGCCAUUCAUGUUUUCUUCACGGGGUACUGAUGGAAGGGGGUUCCAUUUUCUGUGGUUAUGGUGCGUUGUUUGGAAGCUUUUGAUGUGUUGAGCAACUGUGACCC